AAGGAGUGGCCUGAGCUCCUGGAAAUUUUUCGGCUUUCCAACUGGAGCCCAUUCAACACCAGCAAUCGCGGCUUGCAGAGAUCAAGUCAACCUUGGGUUCUCAACCCCCCAAACUACCAGAUUCAUUCUCUCGCGGGGUCCUCUCACUGGGCUAUGCCCCAUCACGUCCAUCUGCAUCCAUCUGCGGCCCAAAAUUUCUUUACCUCUACCCUUCCACUGCCCCAAACUUAAGGGGCGCCCGCUUUCACGAUGGGCAAGCGCACGAAGCAGUACAAGAAGCUCAUGCGGGCGUUUGAGCUGCUCGGUUUCCGCCAGCCAUACCAGCUGCUCAUGACCAGCGACGUCGUCCUCGACACGAUCAAACUCGACUUGAUUGGCUUGUUUGAGAAGACGCUGUCUACCAAGGGUCUGAAGCCCAUGAUUACACAAUGCUGCAUUCGGGCGUUAUAUGCAAAGAACGUGGGCCCAAACAGGGACCCGGCUGUGGUCGCUGCCAUCGACCGGGCAAAGACGUUUGAGAGGAGAAGAUGCGGCCAUUUGAUGGAUAAAGAUCCGCUGACGGAGCGCGAGUGCAUGCUCUCGGUUGUGGACCCCAAGGGGAAAGGGGAGAACAAGUUCAGAUAUGUGGUCGUCACGCAGGACGAGUGGUUGAGAGAUAGGCUGCGUUCGGUGGUGCCUACUCCACUGAUGUACGUGCGCCGGAGUGUCAUGAUCCUGGAGCCCAUGUCGUCCUCGUCGGUGCAGGCCAGGGAACGGGAAGAGCGGGCAAAGUGAGUUAUCAACCCUGUGUCUGCUUCGGGUUCACACGCCCUGGGGACAUCGACUACGGUGACACCCUACAGCGGAAUCGCUGACGGGAGGAUAGGUUCCUGGCUGGCAUUGUCCGACGACCUCAAAAGAGG